CUUUACGUCAGUUGUGCUCGGUUCGUUUGCUGUGCGUAGUUUAUUCGCCGUGAUAUUAUUGUUUUUUUAUUGUUGUCAAUAAUUAUCUAUUUUCUUAAUUAUCGGUGGACUUUAGUUUAGUUUACAAGUGACUCUGUGAAGAUUUCAAUAAUUCGCAUGGAUUAAGUAACGAUGUUACCACCUACGGCCGGUAUAGCUCAAGAAGAACGCGACCGGCCCGACAUGGCGGCAUUCCAGCAACGUAGGGACGUUCGAGAACUGACUCGGGAAAUUAUAAGGGAUGCCAGAGUAGCCAGCAGAAUCAGUCAAUCAGAGCAAUCAACAUCCCCUGGAGUACGCGACAGAUUCCCGUCGACGUCAUCUACGGAUGACAACGAGAGCGGCACAGAUGGCGAGGCCGACAGGUCGCGGCGCGCGAGCCUGAUGCACGGACACGGACCGCCGCCGGGUAUCGUUGCGGUGCGCAAGCGUCGCGGGAAUCUGCCCAAGCACUCGGUCAAGAUACUGAAGAGGUGGCUCUACGACCACAGAUACAACGCAUAUCCAAGCGACGCUGAAAAACUAACGCUCAGCCAAGAAGCCAAUUUGACAGUACUACAAGUAUGCAACUGGUUCAUAAACGCCCGUCGGCGCAUCCUGCCAGAGAUGAUACGUCGCGAGGGCCACGAUCCGCUCCACUACACGAUCUCGAGGCGCGGCAGGAAACAGCCGGCCGGCGCGCCCUCUGGCGCCAGCGGAUCUGGAGUAGUCGUCACGUGGGACGAUGUGGGGGUCGAGGCAGAUCGCUCCCUUAUGUGCGAAUUGGCUGGCGGGCUUGGGAGUUCGCACGAGGGUGAGAACCCAGAGCAAGAAUACAGCGAGGGUCUGCUGGUGUACCGCAGCGACGGGGACGAAGUGGCGGACGGAGAGGAGGGAUACUCGUCCAGCGCCGUCAGCGAGGAGGAGGUCAAAUACGAUCCCUCCGUUUGGCAGUCCGUCAUAAGAUAUGGACCCGAGGAUAAGGAGCAUCCGGCCGCUAGAGGGACCGCAGCACUGGUGACCGUGCGCACGUCCGAGACAGAGGAGGGCGCAAGUGGGGGCGGGGGCGGCGAGGGGGGCGGGGGCGGCGCGGGGGGCUGGCACCCGCAGCUGGCGCACCUGCCGCAGUUGCCGCAUCCGCUGCGGCGGCGGCUGCAGGUUGUCCCAGCGGGAUCUGUGUCUGGUGAAGGUGAACGCGACAAAUUCAAAUGUCUGUAUCUACUAGUGGAGACCGCCGUCGCCGUCCGCCAACGAGAGAAGGAAGCGGACGAACUCGCCGUCUAG